AUGUCUCAAUACAUAGGCAAGACCAUCUCGUUGAUCUCCAACAAGGGACUUCGUUAUGUUGGUUUGUUGGACAACAUCAAUGCUGAUGACGCGACUGUGGCCUUGAAAUCGGUCAGGUUGUUCGGUACGGAAGGCAGAAUGGCAGCUGCUGGCACUCCCAACUUGGAAGUGAUGCCUGGUUCAGACGUCUAUGAUUACGUUGUUUUCCGUGGUUCAGACGUUAAGGACUUGUCCGUCUUGGAUACUCCAAUUGACCAGGUUAAGCCAGAGCCUUAUAUUCCUGCUCCACAAUCUACUGCUGGUUACUAUCAACAGCAACCUACUCAGACCUCUGCUCCUUCUGGCGCUCUUGAAGCUUUUGGGCCUUCUGGUGUUUCUGAUGCUACUCCUGCUCAGGCUGUGACUGCUCCUUCUGCUACAAGCUAUGCUGAACCUGAACCAAGACGAACCAAGCCAGAACCAAGUCGCUCUCAAGCCCAACAGCCUUCUUCUAUAUACACCCAGAAACAGGCGCAACCAGUAGAUAGACCAAACCCUGACGAAAAGACAUCUGUCUUUGAUUCGGAGCCUCUGCAAGCCAAACCAGCUCACAGAGCAUAUGAUAAUAGAAGAACUUCCAAGGCACCAGAAAUUCCAAACGACGAGUUCGACUUUGAAUCGGCCAACGCUAAGUUUACCAAGGAGUUGGAGCACGAAAAGGAAUUGGAACACUCGGCCUACAACAAGCAAUCAUCCUUCUUUGACAACAUUUCUUCUUCUACGGAAGAAAGAGGUUCUAUGAGAUGGGCAGAGGAAAAGUCACUCAACUUGGACACCUUUGGUGAAGCUUCUCUCCGUGGAAGGGGAAGAGGUAGAGGUAGAGGUAGGGGUGGCAGAGGCGGUAGAGGUGGAAGAGGUUUCUGGAGAGGUGGCCGCGGUAGAGGUGGCCAAAGAAAUAAUAACGAUUACAACACUAAACCAGAAUGGGCAUGAAUAGAUAAACUGUUCAUAUAUACAUAUAAGUUUACAGUCCAUAAAAGUACACGACUGCUAGUAC